GGGUCUCGUCCAAUGGGCGGCGCCGCUGCGGAGGGCGGGACGGCGUUACCUGGGCGCCGGGUCUGCCGGAAGCCGGCGUCGGCGGCCACGCGCAGGAUGGCAGCGCAGAAGAGGAAAGCGCCCGGAGCGCCAGGCACGCCGGAGAGAAAGCGCAGGAAGGUGAAGAAGGCGGCGGCGGCGGCAGCUGCGCCAGGCUCCUCAGAGACCCGUCCUGAGGAUGGAGCGAGCUCGGACACGGACUCCGAGCUGUCCCCGGAGGAGAAGAGGGUGCUGGAGAGGAAGCGGAAGAAGGAGCGGAAGAAGGAGGAGAGAAAGCGGCUGAGGGAAGCUGCGGCCACGGGCACCGCACCGGCCCAGCCUCGGCCAGCCAAGCCCUCGGGUGCCCAGCUGGCCCUGGACUACCUCAGUGGCUGGGCCCGGAAGCACCAGGGCUGGCGGUUCCAGAAGACGCGGCAGACCUGGCUCCUGGUGCACAUGUUCGACAGCGAUCAGGUCCCCGACCAGCACUUCCCCACCCUGCUGGCCUACCUGGAGGGCCUGAGGGGCCGGGCGAGGGAGCUGACGGUGCAGAAGGCGGAGGCCCUGAUGCGGCAGCUGGACGAGGCGGGCGCCGCCCCGGACCACGCCCUGCUGGAGAGGAGCCGGCGCGCCCGGCAGGUGCUGCAGCUGCUCUCCUAGGCCCGGGCCCCAGGUGCCAGCCCUCCGCCCUCGGGCCAGAAGCUGUCUGUUCUCCUGCCAGGCCAACACUGGCAGAGCUCCCUGCCGCCCGCCCCGUGGGGCUGGGCCGUCUCACGCAGGCCACGUGCUUCCUGCCACAGCUGCCGUGGAGCCUCCCCGCCCGGCCAGACCACGGCCUCACUGCCCGCUCAGGGGAACUGGCUGUACUUCCAAUAAAGCGGCCGCGCCGGCCACGGCUCUC